UGUUUAUAUACAAUCACGCACAUACCAAAGACAUUUAUUACAUGCAUCAUCAAUUAAUUCAAAAAAGCUACAUCUACAAUUAAAACACAGAGAUGUCACCUUGAGCUUGCAUCCUUUAAAUUCUGAAAUUCUUGCCACUUUCCGCUUACCGUACCCACCCACAAUCCCUAAAGCAUGGCCAAAAUCAGGAACAACAAGAUUCUACUAAACCACAUCUUCACAGAAUCAAUGAAGCUCCCAAUUCUUGCACUCCUCUUCUCCUUGGAAUCUGUAUUCAUCCUCCAGAAAUGGGGGGCAAUGUACCACACUCUCGCCGCCCUAUCCUUGCUCGUUCUCGCCAUCGCCAAACUCUACAUCUCAACCCCUUCUCCGCUAUACCUAGUCGACUUCUCAUGCCUCAAGCCUCCAAACUUCUGCAGGGUGCCAUUGUCAACCUACAUCGAACACGUGAAGAUGCUCGACUUCUUAGACGAAGAAAGCGUGUCCUUCAUGGCCAAAGUCCUGAAACAGUCCGGGCAGGGCGAGCAGACGUAUCUCCCUCCGGCCAUCCACUUCAUCCCACCAAAAUCAAGCCACCACGAAGCCACCGAGGAAGUGCACAUGGCCCUCUUCCCCGUCCUCGAAGACCUUCUCGCCAAGACCAAGACUUCCCCCGCAGAGAUCGACGUUCUCAUCGUCAACUGCAGCGGCUUCUGCCCGGCGCCGUCGCUCUCGUCGAUCGUGGUGAACAGAUUCGGCAUGAGAGAGGACGUGAAGAGCUUCAGCGUAAGCGGCAUGGGGUGCAGCGGCAGCGCGCUGGGCAUCGACAUGGCGCACAACAUACUGAAAACGCGCGGGAACUCGAAGGCGGUGAUCCUGAGCACGGAGAUUCUGUCGACGGGGUGGUACCCGGGCAGGGACAACGCCAUGUUGGUGCUCAACUGCGUGUUCAGGAUGGGCGCGGCGGCCAUUCUAGUCACCAACAACGCACAAUCCAAGAGGAGGAGUAAAUACCGGCUGCUUUGCAGCGUCAGGACGCAGAGGGCGUUUGAUGAUAAGGCCUAUUAUUCAGCUUUUAGAGAUGAGGAUUCUGAUGGAUUUACUGGAGUCUGCCUCAAGAGGGACUUACUGCAGGUAGUCGGUGAAACCCUAAGAUCGAACAUAACGAUACUCGGGAGAAAACUUCUACCCUAUACAGAAAUGAUCAUGUACUCAAUUUCCAUUAUGAAGAAGAAAUACUUGGACAAAUCGACGGAGAUCUACGUGCCCAAUUUCAAGAGCGUGGUGCAACAUUUUUGCCUACCGGCGUCGGGGAAGCCGCUGAUCAGAGAAAUAGGGAAGGGACUGAAGCUCGGAGAAAGGGAAAUAGAGGCUGCAUUGAUGACAUUGCAUAGGUUUGGGAACCAAUCUUCAUCUUCUUUGUGGUAUGAGCUUUCUUACAUUGAAGCUAAGGAAAGGGUUAAGAAAGGUGACAGGGUGUGGCAGUUGGGCAUGGGGAGUGGGCCCAAAUGCACUAGUUUGGUUUGGGAGUGCAUUAGGCCCAUUAUUGGAGAGGCCCAAACAGGAGUUUGGGCUGAUUGCAUUCAUAGCUACCCUAGAUAGUUUUAUUCAUCUUAUGUCCAGAUUGAUGCCAUGGAUUUCAUUUGAUCUUCAUUUUUAUUUCCUACAUUUAUAUGUAGGUGUAUCUUAUCUUUCAACUGUAUUAGGCAAGCCUUUUCUUUUUGGGGCAGGGCAAUUAAAAAACCCUGCCAUUGAUGCUAGUGGUCAUGUUUUGAUAGUUCAUCAAGUAUUGAUCAGAGGUGUUGCAAUUGCUUCUGCUGCGCCACUUAC